UAUAUAUUUUUAAAUUGGAAACUCAAAUAUGUAAAUUAUAAAAAAAAAUACCGGGUUGAUUUGAAUUAUUUGAAAGGUAGCGGUCAAUUUAUUGAUUUUGAAUAAUAUAAAUAUAUAAAAUAUUUAAUUAAAAAAAAAAAAAAAAAAAUGAAAAUAGGUUUGCUAUUGAUUAAAACACCCACUUAGAGGUUCGAGAGAAAAUGAUUCCAAGGUUAUAACAACCUCUGCAAUCAGCAAGUCAGGAAAUAUCAUGACAUAAUUAUUGAGUAUUAAACAUGUGUACAAGUAUCAGUACAAGUAUGAGAGUUUAAUAAAUACAUAUAAUACACGUGGUUUGUAAGAAAAGUUAUGAGAAGAAUAAUAACAUUCAGUCUGGAUAUAAGCCAGUCUACGAACAGUCGUAGCUUUUCUAAACACUCAAAUCGCAAAUGCAAAAAUAGAAUUUAUUAUUACUUUUUUUUUCUAUAACUUUUUUUUCUACAUAUAUAUCAUAAAAUAAUAUAAACCUGCGUCAGUUAAUACUUUGCAACCAUGCGGUUCACGUCUUGUUCGAUUGUUGGCUAAUAAUAAAUAAUUAAUAUUUUUAUUAAAUAAGAAAGUCAUUAGAUUUAAUGGUGUGUGGAGGUUGAAGGACGCGGACCACGCGUUAUUUAAAUAUUUUUAAUUAAUAAUAUUAUUAAUUAUCAAUAUUGUAGUUGCAUUUGAAUCGAAUUAAAAUAAAUAACGAAUUGAAAAAAAAAUUUAAUAUGGAAACCGAAAUUAUGCCAUUUGUGGAAAAUGAUAGUAGUAAUGGUACAACUCAAAUUUUGCCAUUAAGAAAUAGUAGAAUUCGUAAUAUGGAGCCUAAACGAACGUCAUUGUUUAUAAUCAUGAGCUUUAUCUACGCAAAGCUACUGGUGGUGGUAUGCGUGGCGUAUGUAAUAAGUGAAGUUGUCACCCACAAGUUACCAUUGUAUUACUUUGAGGGUUUCUUCGCUUAUAUGUACGGCAUGAGUAUCCUUUUCUUGCUCUACGUCUUUUGCUUUCUGCUACAAGAAAGCGCCUGUUGCUCGAGGGGCGCGGAAACCCCACCUCCACCUCCAAAACCACCCAAACCUCCCAAGGAGCCAAAGGAUAAGAAAAAUAAAAAAGACAAGAAAGACAACAAGAAGGAUAAUAAGAAAGAUACCAAGAAUAAGAAAGAUUUUCAGGAUGCUAGUGAUGUAGAAGCUGGAGUAUCAACUCGCGUGUCACGUAAACGUAAAACUUCACAAAAUGACCACAGUCACGGAAGUUUCUUCCUCAGAAUCGGCGCAAUUGCAUUCGGACUCGGUACCAUGGUAUACAAUGGACUCGAAUUCGGAGCUUUCUUCGAAAUUCCACCGACUUCACCAUGUUUCCAAAUCCUCCAUGGCGUUAAUCCAUUGCUACAAAUGGUCUUUACAUUCAUGCAAAUGUACUUCAUCUUUAUGAACUCGCGGCUAAACAUUCACCGAUUCAAAGUAAUCGCACGUUUUGGACUGAUGCACGUCGUAGCAACGAAUCUCUGCGUCUGGGUAAAGACCCUAGUUUUCGAAAGCCUUAAAGAAAUCACCCAAAUCAAUUUGCGUUACAGCAAACCCGAUCUUGGAAUCAUUGAGAGCAUCCGACAACAUUCACUAAACCACGCCGGUGUUAUAUUAGGCAACGAGCCCCGUGAUAUGGCACAACUUCGCCUCGCACCAUCCUCAUCAACUUCAAACUUAGCAACAAAAUUACUCGGCGCGACUGCAGCAACAACCCGACGAUUAAUCCGGACAACACCGUCAUCAAUAAACCGUUACGCGCGUUCAACGGCACGUUCAGUAGCACGUGCAAUAACUCACGGCACCACAUCGACCUUAGCAACAUUUACACCAAGUACUAGUACAACUCCACGUAUAACAACAUCUACAUCCACAACAACCACAACAUCAACAACCCCCCCGACAACAUCAACAACAACUCCUUCCACUACGACCACAACAAUAUUCCCAUCAACAUCAACAACAACUUCAACAGCUCGACCCACAUUAUCAACAAUAGUAGACGCCUUUACAAGUACUAUAAAACCUAAUAUAACAACUCCAACUCUAACGAGCACUACAUCAACAAUAGCGCCACCUGUACCAACAUCAGCGCCCUUAACAACAUACGCAUCAAUGAUGUUGGAUUUCGGUGACCCAGCUUCCUCAACAAACAAAGGAAUUCCCCCGUUACUUGACAUCGUUAAUCAAACCAACGGAACAAGUGUUUGGAGCCCAACGUUUGCAUUCUACCAAAGCGCACCCUUGAAUGAAAAUGCAUGCGGCCGAGUUAAUAUAAUGGGAACCAUUGUCCAAGAUGCUGCCCCAUAUCUGUUUCCAUUUAUCAUUGAAUACAGUUUGAUCGGAGCAGCAGUUAUUUACGUAAUGUGGAAGCACAUUGGGCGCCAUCCACGUUGGCCGCAUCAAGCGGAAGCCGAUUUAGAGCGUCGACUUGAAGCGAUGCUUUCACGUCGUGCUGUUGCCCUGGCACAUGCGGGUCACGGUCGCGUCGAUUGCGUGGGCGCCAGCAAGGGGCUUUUUGUUGGGCUUUUCCUGCUGGUUGGGUCCUUGAUCUGUUUGAUCCUUUUCUUUGUUCUAAUUCAUCACCCGUCAUUCGGACUACUCGCGAUCUAUCUGGCAGAUGUGUCACACUGCGUUCUAAUGGCGUUUUCAAUCAUAGCUAUCAUAAUUGGUUUCAUUCGUGUACAGAGUCUGAAAUUCAAAGCCGAAGAACAAAGUGACCUAAAUGAUAUUCUGCUGCGUGUUUCUGGAUUCGGUUUGUUCCUUUACGCUGUUUUUAGUGUAAUUGCUGGUUCAUUGGCGGCAUUUACACACGAACCAAAUUUAUUGGUAAUGGUUACUGGUUUAUUGGCUAUUGUACAAGUUGUAUUGCAAAUGUUGUUUAUUGCAGAUGUAUCACGUAGGCGUGUACAUUUACCAGAACAUGAUCGUAGCAAACCUGGUCGCCAAGUUGUCACAUUUUUACUUAUUUGUAAUGUAACAAUGUGGGUUAUUUAUACAUUUGAAACACAAAAAGUCGUUGCUAAUCCAGUGCAACUUGAUUUCUAUGGUUCUCUUGCGUGGAUUAUUGUACAAAGGGUCACUAUGCCACUUUGUAUAUUCCACAGGUUCCAUAGCGCGGUUACGCUUGCCGAAAUAUGGAAAACCAGUUACAAAGCACGUUUGGAGUAAGAUCUGAUAAUUGAUAUCAAUAUUUGAAGUGUCGAUUAAAUUUUCAGAGCUCCGUUUGAUGAGAAAAUGAAAAAAAAAAUCCUCUGGUACCAAUAGGACACGGAUUUUUUUUUAAGGAGCUCGAUUAUUAGCAUUUUUUUUUGCCAAACAAACCAUUUGUCACUGAUGCAUUUUUAUACUUUUAUACCUUCACAUCCUGUAUUACGCAUCGAGAUUUAUUGUGGAAAAAUAAAAAAAAUCAACGGCAUAACAUCCUGCCUAUGAAAAUGAUAAAAACGAAAAAUCCGAUGCAACAAUUAGGAUAAAAGAUUUUAAUUAUUUGUUUUUUGUUUGUUAUUUUUGUAUAAUGUAAUUAGAAAAAAAAAAAAAACGAGUACUUAAUAUUGAAAAAAAUAAAUAAAAGUGGGAUCAUAAUUUAUUAAUUUUAAAAUGCUUGACGCAAGUAAAAAAAAAAGUAAAAAUAAAUAAAAAAUAAUACGUUUGUUGCGUAUUUGUAAAGUACAAAAUUGUUUAUAAUUCUAAGAAUAUAUUUUACAAUUGGCGUGUGUAAUUUUUUUCCUUUAUCGGAAAAUUAUUUAAGUUAAUUCUAACAAAAGGAUAAAAAAAUUAAAGGAAAGAACAAAAAAAAAAUAUCAUGAAAUAAAGAUAUUUUAAGUUUCAACGCGAGGUUCAAAUGGAUUAGAUGAAAGAGACGGUAAUGAAAUCGGUCAUACUACGAAAUAAACUAAAGAAAAAGAAGAAAAUAAUGAUAGAUAUCAUUAGAUAAUAGAUUUAAAAAAAAAUGGAGAUUAAGUAGAUACAUUCCUAUCUGAAAUUAGAUGAAAGUUAUCUCGUGUCGCUAUCAAACAUAAAUUUAAUCAUCGAGUCAUCGAAAAAGUAAUAAAAUAAAAUAAUUAAAUGAAUGAAUAAAAAGUAUAGAUAAAUUAGUUAUUGUUCUACGUGUUCGCAAAUUCAUUAAAGAAAAAAAAAAUUCAAACGACAUUAAAUAUGUACUUAGCUUCGCGUUCUCAUUGUAACACUGUUCAAACGCUCUGUCAACUCGUCACGAUAUUACUACUAUAAAUAUAUAUAUAAAUAUGAAUAUAUAUAAUA